AUGGCAGGUGACGCACUGAGGGCUAUUUUUGACCUCGAGAUAUUGGACAGGCCCUGGCCUGGAGGAGCUGGAGCGGGAGCGGGAGCUGGCGCUGGAAGUGGGAGCUGUGCAGAGUAUGGUGGCCCACAGGCAGACAGGCCCUGGGACAGGAGACAGGAGGCAGGAUGCAAACAGCCAGACAGGCCGGGCAGCAGCGCGCGCAGGCAGCGGCAUCAUGACUAUCACGGCGAUGGUGAUGAUGAUGAUGAUGAUGAUGAUGAUGAUGAGCAUCAGCCCUCGAGCGUGGUGCAGGAAAAUUUAGCAACGCUGGCCCCGAAGCUGACCCGGAGCCGAUUGACACUGGUCUGGUUGCGCCCUGGCAUUGGCACUGGCACUGGCACUGGUACUGGUACUGGUACUGGCGUGUACGACAGGCCAGGCAGGCACGACAGGCAGGGCCGGGCAGGCACGACAGGCAGCAAGGGCAGACAGGGCACGCGGGUUGUAGCUACCCGUUACAGCUUGGCCCAGCACGCUAUCCGCCUGGCUACUGGUCGAUCCUUCUCCACGCACGGCCCGCCACAGUGUUGGCCUGCCACAGCUCGGCGCUCCUCAAUGGCCGUUUUUCACGCCUCUUGCGCGCUGAGCACCCCCGCUGCAAGCGGCUCAUGCACCCACUCCUGCCACCGCCCACCUCCCACCGCCCACUGCCCACUGCACUAG